AUGUCUUAUGAUUCACAGGAAAACCGCAUACUAAGCCUGGAAAUUUCCCUUAAAGACAUUAUGUUGGCCACAGAAAACUUCAGUGUAAAUUGCUUUGGAAGUGGAAGAUAUUGGAAAGCAUAUGAAGGAAAACUACCAAAUGCUAGUACUACUAUCGUUGCAAAGCGGUGGGAUAGCAAGUCUGAUGAUCAAUUUGGGACAGAACUGGAUAUUCUAUUCAAGCGUAAGCAUAAGAACAUCAUUCGUCUUGUAGGCUACUGUAGCGAGAGGAAUGAGAACAUCAUCGUUUACGAGCACAUGUCUAAAGGAAGUCUUGAUAAAUAUUUAAAAGACUCAAAACUUAAAUGGAUGAAAAGGCUCCAGAUAUGUAUUGAUGUCGCAAGUGCAUUGGAUUUUCUUCAUGGAGAGAAUGUAACACUGAAGAAGGUAGUACACAGGAACAUCAAAAGCCACAGCAUUUUACUAAAUGAUGAUUGGGAUGCGAAAAUCUCUAAUUUUGAGUUGUCCUCAUUAGAUUCAUCACACCAGAAUAUAAAAUAUAUCAACAAAGAUGCUUAUCUUGACCCGCAGUACAAUCAAGGUUCCUUAACUGAAAAAUCAGAUAUAUAUUCAUUUGGUGUGAUUUUAUUUGAAAUUUUGUGCGGAAGAUUGACAUGGGAAGAGGGGCAUGAAGCUGGCCCUUUGGCUAAACACUACUAUGAACAAGCAAAACUUGAUGAAAUGGUGUUUGCGGAUAUAAAGGAACAAAUUGUGCCACAAUCAUUGACAACAUUUGUGGACAUUGCCUAUGAAUGCUUACAUGAAGAUGCUGAUAAGCGACCGAAGGCAGGUGAUGUGGUAAUACAACUUAAAAAAGCGUUGGAAAUUCAAGAAGACUUUGAAAUAUGGGAGCCCAAACUACCUAGAGACUACAAAGAAAUAAUGGGAUUGUCACAAAUCCCUGAAAUCUACCAUACCAAACAGAAAAAGGAUAUCUACGAGAAGCUCUCUGGUGGAAUUCUCCUUCCAAAGGAGAAAGUGAUGGCACAUGAAAAUAACAAGAAUCAAAAGAAAGUCCAGCAAGUUCACCAAUCAUACUCGGACUUGGAAAAACUACUAACUGUCAAUGAAAAGAUGUAUAUAAGAGAAUUGAAUGGAAAGAAACAUCUUAUGCUUUCUGCAACGGAGGUCGUAUUUCAAAAUGUGACGGAGCUUCUACCUCAACAAGUAUUUAGAAUCAAGUACAAGAUUGAAACUGAACUGUUGUCACCAUUCACUGAAUACACAUGUUAUCUUGUGUUCAAGGUUUCAAAAAAAUGUCAAGGGCUGCAUUGUCCAGUGAAAGUACGGAAUCUACUCCACCGCAAAAAUAAAGGAAACCAAAUUAUUUAUUUUAGAACCCCAUCCCAUUUGAAUCAUCAUGAUGAUUUUUGGGUUCCAGAGCAAAGAAAAGAUGGGUGGAUGGAGGUUAUGAUCUGGAAGUUCAACUCAAAGUACAAUAAUAAUCUUGGAAAAGAUGUUAUUCCUAUGAAUUUGAAACUCGUAACUUAUGAGGGAACCAUGUCAGGGCUUAUCAUAUGUGGCUUGGAGUUUCGACCAACGUAG